GGGGUCAGAGGUUACAGCAGUUGUUCCAGCUUCCAGCUCCAGGUGGAGGACUGCCCACUUUUCGAAGUUUCUAGCAGCAGUAAAAUCAUCUGAAGUCUGAUGCGAUCUUCUGCUUGUGGACUCAUCAGACUGGUUAUGAUGUUUAUCUCUGCGUGGGCAGACGAGCUCUCAGUUUAGGAGGAUUUUUGUGCAUUUGUUUUGGGUUUGGAAGAAAAACCACUGAAUAAAGCAACACAACCCUGUGGCUCAGACUGACAUCUGAUCAUGUUUGGGUGUUUAGUCGCAGGCAGGUUGGUCCAGACCGACGCCCAGCAGGUCGCUGAAGAUAAGUUUGUGUUCAACCUGCCGGAUUAUGAGAACGUCAACCACGUGGUGGUGUUCAUGCUGGGCACUGUGCCUUUCCCUGCUGGCAUGGGAGGUGCUGUUUACUUCUCCUUCCCCGACCUCAGUGUGGGCCAGGUGUGGCAGCUGCUGGGGUUCAUCACCAACGAAAAGCCAAGUGUCAUUUUUAAAAUCUCUGGCUUAAAAUCUGGGGAAGGUGGAACUCACCCUUUCGGGAUGAUGGCUGCCCCACAGGCGGCUUCAGUGGCUCAGCUAGGAGUUUCCAUUGAACCCCUGGACCAGCUCGCUCAACAAACCCCUGUUUCCAAUGCGACCGUCUCCACUAUGGAUUCCUUCACACAGUUCACUCAGAAGAUGUUGGAGAGCCUGUACAACUUCACCUCCUCUUUUGCUCUGUCACAAGCUCAGAUGACUCCAAACCCCUCGGAAAUGUAUGUUCCAGCCAGCUCCAUCCUCAAAUGGUAUGAAAACUUCCAGAGACGAAUGUUGCAGAAUCCAAACUUCUGGAAGACAUGACAUGGUUUAUUAACUAGACUGUAAAUUUUAAUCAGCGGAGCAGAAAAUUGUGAAUUCAUAUUCUCAUCUGGCUCACCUAAAACAAGUCCUUAAGUUCUUGAAACUUAGGAAUCUCAUGCCAAAAUUAGUAUAUAUCAUGUAUUUUAUAGUUUCUUUUUUAUGUCAUGAAACAUCAAUCAAUACAGUAUUACUGAAAAUGUUUUUAAUGCAGUCGACACUGACCAGUUCUUUUCUGGUUUCGCCAGCUGAGGAUGAGUUACAGAAUUUUCCUACCCAAUGAUUGAUGUGGCUAUAAAAAUGGUGUCAAAAAGGGGGUUAUAUUGCUUCAUGUCUAUGACAAAAGCUUUAAAGAAAAAUCUGUAAUUUUUUUUUUUUUGGGGGGGGUUGAUAACGGCUUUUGUUGUAAUGAAAGUGACUGAAAGUAAAAUGUUUUGUUCUCGA